AUGGCGACUUAUACUCGCCGCACUCACUCAAAGUCUUGGCCUUGUCCUUUGCCUGUCACUGCUGCCGCAGAUACAGAUGAAGAUAUGGACUCUGCCCUGCCGGCCACAACUUCAGGGGCACCUGUACUAGGCACCGUCCCUCCUUCCGCCGGCACCAUCAUUCUCAUCGCCAAGUCCUCCACUACCGCCACCACAACUGACACUAGCGCCAACACCAGGGAAUCUGUCCUUGCCCUCAAGGAGGAACUGGACUUGCUGAAAGCCAUGGUUGCUGGCUUAGUGGAGAAGGUUGGUUCUGGGGAGAAGCUUCUGCAGCAUUCCAAUGACCAAUUGGCCGAGCAAGAGGCUCGUUCAAAACUCCUUGCCGAGCAGUUGGAUGAUCUUCGCUGCGAGUUGCGCCUGCCAACACUCCCAUUGGCUGCUGAGGUUUCUCUGCCCAGCAAUGCCAUUAAUGGAGAGCAAGAGGAACCUGCUGAGUCGGUGUUGGUGACAUUGGUGCCAGGAGAACAAGAGGAACCUGCUGAGUCAGUGUCAGUGACAUCACCCCCUGGAGAGCAAGAGCAAUCUGCUGAGUCGAUGUCUUUGACAUCAUAUCCUAUGAGUGUUGGAGAGCAAGAGCAAUCUGUGGAGUUGGUGUCUGUAACAUCAGCUACACCGGAGUAA